AUGACUUGUGGUUGCUUUGGAAGUCAUCAUUGCUUUGGAUCCAAAUCUAUAAAGAAGAAAAGACGCCCUUCUUAUUUUACUCCGGAAAUUGGUGGCCAUCCACUAGAUAAUGUCAGGAAUUUUUCUGAUGAAGAACUGAGAUUGGCAACUAGUAAUUAUCAUGCAAACAAUAAGAUAGGACGAGGAGGUUUUGGAACCGUUUACCAGGGAACCUUAAAAGACGGAAGACGUAUAGCAGUGAAGACUCUUUCAGUUGGGUCAAAGCAAGGAGUUCGUGAAUUUUUGACUGAAAUUAAAACUUUGUCAAAUGUUAAGCAUCCAAACCUUGUUGAAUUGAUUGGAUUCUGCAUUCAAGGACCUAGUCGUACAUUAGUCUACGAGUAUGUGGAAAAUGGAAGCCUUGAUAGUGCAAUACUUGGCACAAGGAGUACAAACAUGAAACUAGACUGGAGAGAAAGAUCUGCUAUUUGUGUAGGUACUGCAAAGGGUCUUGCAUUUCUUCAUGAAGAACUUGCGCCACAUAUUGUGCACAGAGACAUCAAAGCUAGUAAUGUACUACUUGACAGAGACUUCAAUCCCAAAAUAGGUGAUUUUGGGUUGGCUAAAUUAUUUCCAAAUGGUAUUACUCACAUUAGCACAAGAAUCGCUGGAACAACUGGUUACUUAGCACCAGAAUAUGCAAUAGGUGGCCAGUUAACGAAGAAGGCUGAUAUAUACAGCUUUGGUGUUCUUAUACUUGAAAUAAUUAGUGGCCAAAGCAGCGCGAGGACUAACAUGGGAGGGUCGCACAAAUUUCUCUUGGAAUGGGCCUGGCAGCUUCAUAAAGAGGGGAAAUUGUUGGAGCUUGUAGAUCCUGACAUGAAAGAAUUUGCUGAAAAAGAGGUAAUAAGGUUCAUGAAGGUUGCUCUUUUUUGUACACAAUCAGCAGCAAGUAGAAGACCAUUGAUGACAAAAGUAGUUGAUAUGCUAACCAAGGAAAUUCAGCUCAAUGAGAAAGAAAUUACAGCUCCAGGAUUCUUCAUAGAUGCAGGAGAAUCCUCUAGAAAGAAGUCAUACCCUGACAACUAUUCUAUUAGCUCUAGGGCUGUUAGUAUUACCCAGGUGACCCCACGAUGA